AUGGCGACCCAAUCCCCAAUGACACGAAGCACUCGAUCACAAUCACCUUCCGCCAAAUUCUAUAGCCGCACUUUCUCAUCACGUAAUAUCUCACAGCAUGAGGGGGAUGCAUCUCGAAAUGAAGACAUGAAUGCCACUGCACCUCUCGUGAAGCGAAGAAAGUUGAAUCCAGGGUCAGACACAGAGAACGCAAUGGAUGCGCGGAUGGGAAGAUUCCGGACAGCCAGCACAAAGAUAUCUCAGUACCCGAGCAGCAGGCAGCGAGAUACUGCGAGACCAAAGAGGGCAAUGGAGGUGGGCAGCAGCGGCGCUCGAGCUCCUCGAACCUUAACAAGCAGUGCCUACACAAAACGGGCCUCUGCGUUGAACCUCCACAACUAUCCUGCAGACCACCAUCCAGUGGGCAUUGCGAUCUGGGUCAUUCAGAAGAUCGACUCUGCUCGGCGGGAAAGAAGCGGAUCCACUUCAUCUAGGGAAUCAUCCCCAGGAGCCCUUGCAGCGUCUUCGUCGCCUGCAGGGAUUUUUCAAGCCUCUGGUCACGCUUCUGAAGUUGACGAAGGCGAUGAUGCGGAGGACCGACGACAGGCGCAGAGGGAACGCAAGAUCAAGCAAAGACUUGAAAACUGGGCAAAGAACAAGGAAAACGAUGUAGUUGCACGUGCCAAAUUAGAUGCUAAGAAGAAGUUUGGCUCGAACCCUUCGACCAAUCCUAUUGUGUUAAGCAACGGUCAAAUUGAGAAGCCUUCUCCUUCGGACGAGAGAGACUCAUAUAUCCGUAGGAGGAUAAGAGACGACUUUACCAGGUUGAUGAACAGGCAGACCAAGGUAUUUGCUGAUGAGAUCUCCAAGUUAGAACCAUUCCAAGCUGGUUUCAGCCGGAAGUGUUUUCCUGCUACGGGUUUGGCAUUUGGGUCAGAUGCAAAUUUGGUAACAGCUGGCACUCUUUUGGUGAAUGUGCUGCCUGCGUUGGCGGAGAAAGAAGUCAGUCGCACCUCCCAGCUUGCCGCCGACGCCUUGAUCCAUGCCUUAGAGACUGGAUCACUGUCACCUGAAUCUUUCUUUGAUGCUGUUGCACUCUUAGCAGAAAACAGACAAAUCCUCGAGGGAAGCGACAGGAUUCUGGCACAGCUCUUUUCUCGGUCUUCCUCUUCAGGUAACUCCAAAGUGCUCCGCACCUCGUCUGGUGCAGAUUCCAAACUCUUUGCUACCACCAACGGCCCAUUCAUCAUCUAUAACACCAUCGAAAAUACUGAAAAAGCGACACCCGCGUCCUCGCGGCACUCCAAUAGAUCCUUUGGAGCCGCAAAUCCAACGCCAGUUCGAGCCUCACCUCGUGAGCGUAGGCCUACCACCAAGAUGCUUAGCGUCUCUGAGGUUUCAACGAGGCCACGAACUCGUACCUCGACAUCUCCUCGAGCUUCACCAUCCAAGGUGCUCAAGCUGAGUCGACCGUCAAAGCUUCGCGGGUCUGUGUCAUUCGCAAAUUCUCCUUCACCUCCACCAGCACCAGCACCACCACAAAAGCGUGUCAAGCUUAGGCAUGACUCAGUCUCAGCUGCUCAGGAUGAGGGCGAGCCGCAUUCCCCAGAGCCAGAGCUAGCGAGACUACCACAAUCGAUCAACCAGUAUCAGUCAGAGCAGACUGCACCGCUCCAAAUCACGCCCAACGAAGACUUAAUCAAGACAUUGCUCGAAUCAGCUCUGUUAGCAAGCCAGGAAGAGACCGACAAUGAAUCUGAGCUCGAGAACCAGGGAGCAACUGCGCAAAACGGAGCUGCCGAGACUCACGCAAGCGGGUCUGUCCAGCUUGCACCAGCAAAGCAGAAUCUGCAGCAGCAACCGCACUCCCUUCCCAAAUCCUCGAGACCCACUGCUCAUGGCGAUGCUUGCCAGCCAUCACUCCGCGUGUCUGCUACUGCUGAACAAAUGGCAAAAUUCAACCGUAUUGUGGAACAGCUGCCUGCGAGUGUGGCCAAUCUUAACCAUGAACAGGUCAAACACGUCGCGGCAUUAUAUGAUCAACUAGCUGAAGGCCCAACAUUUGAAAGGGCCAAAGAACUGGGUCUCUCUUAUCCAGAGAUUCCAAGGCCGUUCGCAGAUCGAGAUGGCUGGAAGCUUACUGGUGUUGUCAAUGAAUAUGAUGAGGAAAUUGUCGAAAUUGACCCUCAGAGCUGGGUGUAUGCGCCAGAACGCUCUGACGACACUCAGCAGCCUCUCCGAAGACUGAAACAUAAGGCUCAGGUUGAGCAGGAACAGGUCUUCGGUUUUCCUCCCAUUGCCGGAUUUGGCAAUGCUCCACAACAUACAAGACAGAGGGUUGAGAGAGUGGAUGAAGAGAACGUUGCAUAUGAGAAGUUGAUGUCUGACGUCCGCAAAGCUGCUGCGGAUCGUGGAUUGCCGCAUGACAAGGCUCUGGGUUGGGAACAGCUUGCCCGUUCAAUCAGAAGUUUUGAUGCUGACCACGGCAUUGCUUUGGAAGGAGACGUCACCACUUCGGUUGUUGAUCGCGUCCGUGAUGAGCCAGAUGAGCCAGAUGACGGUCUCUUGGGGCCCGUGGAAGCUUCCGAGGACUCCAAUGCAGAGAGCGACGACGAUUCCGAAUACGAACCUGAUCCGGUAGUCAAGAACGAUGUCGAAGAAGCUUGGACAGGCAGCAAUGGAGCCCAGAUGUCCACUUUCGUUGCCGUCAAUGGAAGGAGAGGGUCUCUGAGGAAGCUGAGAGAUCGGCCUUCCUCGUCGUCUGCACAGGGCUAUCAAAAUAGAGCAAUGGAUGUGACGCCGGUUCUCUAUCAUCCGAUCAGCCCAGCCACGCUGAUAUGUCACCACCGAGAUCAGCGACCCAAUACAACACUCGUCCUUCUCCCCUGUCCGGCACCUUCAACACCUUCAACGGACCCAUCACCUCCUCCAACACCCCAACCGCCUCCCCGAUUGGAACGCCCACCAUGA